UCUCUAGAACGAACAAAAGAAAUAAACGAUGUUGUUACUUCCAUGGUUACGUCCUCAGUUGUAGUGGAAAAUCAGGGGAAACGUUGAAAAAUAAGAAAAACACUUCAAGAAACAUCGUUUUAAAGAAGUUUCUGCAUUUAUUCUAAAACUUGAUGGAACGAUAAAAGCAAAAUAUCAGAAGAAAAUCAAACUUUGGAAAAACUUAAAAAUCUGGAAUGUCCUUUUACAUGGGGACUCGAUGCGAUUAAUGGCGAUGAGAUUGAUCAAAUUGUUAAGGAUAGUGAGAAAUCGAGAACUGGCGUGAACGACAAUCUGGAGGAUAUUUUACAUUUCAUGAAAGUGGGACCUGAUGAGAUAAAAGAAUAUUUUUAAGAAUUUGAGGAAUGGAAAACUCGCGAGGACGAAAAUCUCGUUCCGAUAUUAAAGUUAAUGCGCCUGAUCCUAACAGUUUAUGAAAAUGCUUUAAAAGAAGACUUCACCGAAUCUAACGAAAAUUUGAAGUUGGCGGGAAUACAAUUAGAAACAAUGAAAAAUGACGAAGAUUAUGAGAAUAUUUCUCUAGACGUACUAGAGAAUAUUUAUAAUGGAACAAAUUGCCAUUUUCAAGCGAAGUUAAAGAAUUUCGAAAAAGUAGAAGAGAUUCUGAAGCUUAUCAAGGAAAUCGAUUAUCCUGCCAGUCCAAAAACCAGAAGUACACUCCAUGGACGCAAAAGUUUGGAUUGGUCAAAGUACAACACAUCAUGGAAAAGAGAAACCGGAAAAGCAAUCGAAUUUGCUAAACUGGCAAUGAAGGAUAAUCCAGAAUUUGCUGAAUGGUACUUUAUCAUGGAUAAACAUUUCAGAAGUCAAAGAAGACGUCCACAAUUAUACUUUAAGCCUUGCCAAAAAAAAUCGAAGCCUUCGAAACUGCUUACAAACUACAUCCAGAGGCAUUAUAUGUAUUAUACAUUGCUGAAAUCUUGGAAGAUCAAACAGAUUGCUGGGAAUGGCAUUCCACUAAAUCUUUUGAUAUGUUCAAGAAAAUAUUUGAGACAGAACCAAAGAACUCUGUAAUUAAUCUAUACCUCGCUCUUGGAUUUAGUAAGUCCAACGAGUUCAAAUUGGCAAGGAAGUGCCUUAAUUUUGUAAGACAAAGAUCUCCUGAGGACCCGACGUACAAACGAUGUCUAAAAUUGUAUUCUUGGGCUUGCGAACGUAUCGAAAUGGCCCGUUCUUAUCAGGAAGUAGUAAGGAUAUUUUUUUCGGAUAGUUCGUUCGUAGCAGGAAGCAAUAAGGCAAUUUUUCAAACAAUAUU